AUUCGGGGCGUCAGUAAACGUCAGUCAUCGACACAUUCAAUGGAUCGCAUACAAACGCGCUAUCUGGACGAAGUGCAGAGGCAAAAAAAAGAAAAAAAGCAAAUAAUUCCUAUCACUUGUAAUUCAAUUAAAAUAGUAAAUUUCCGUCAAAUGGCCACCAACAAAUAUACAAUAAAAGCGUAAAAGGUUACAUCAGUAAGAAGUGAAAAGCCGAAAUAAUUGGAUAAAAACCAUAAAUCGGAUGCAGCGCAGCAAUAAAAGCAAAGUUGUAGUUUAGUUUGUGACUUCUGGUUGUACAAUAUAUAUAUAAAAAAAACAGUUCUUUGUGUUGAUAAGUUCUGUGCUUUACAGUUUUUUUUCUCGAUUUGCUUCAGUUGAUUUGGUCGUGGUGAAUCAGUUUGAUUUGACUGUUCAAAGCAGCGAUAUCAAACUGGAACUGUGUAUUAAAUGUGAAACUAUCAUCGGUUGUCUGUCAAAAGAAAUAUCGAGAGAGAGCGAGAGAAAACAUAAAACACACAUAGAGAGAAGACGAGAAAAAAAUAACACACAUUGUGUAAUGAAUGCUGUGUACAUCGUGCACAACAUAUCAAGUGAAUCAUUUUCUUUUCGGUCAUCAUAAUCAGCGAGCGAAAGAGAGUGCAAGCGCUCAGUAAAACGAGCCAGUGUUCAGUGGUUUUUUUUUGUUGUUAUUUCUUUUUAUAGACGAUUUAUUGAAUUGUUCAACGUAAAUUUAUUCGAAAGCAGAAAGGAAUAUUUAGCAGAAAAUGAUGGUUGAAGACGGUACUGCUGAUGCGACCAAAAGACUCAAUGUCAAAAAACAAACGCUCGAUGAUGCAUAUGCGGUGCCUGCGAACUUUUUGGAAAUAGACGUUGUUAAUCCCAUGACCACGAUUACAGCUGGAAAAAAACGCUUUACGGACUAUGAAGUCCGCAUGAGAACGAAUUUGCCCGUAUUCAAAGUGAAGGAGUCAAGUGUACGCCGACGUUACAGUGACUUUGAAUGGCUUAGGAAUGAAUUGGAACGUGAUAGCAAAAUUGUGGUGCCGGCAUUGCCUGGAAAAGCUUGGAAACGUCAAAUGCCAUUCCGUGGCGAUGACGGUCUAUUUGAUGAGAAUUUCAUCGAAGAGCGACGCAAGGGCCUUGAAAGUUUUAUCAAUAAAAUAGCCGGACAUCCACUUGCCCAAAACGAACGAUGCCUGCAUAUGUUCCUACAGGAACCGACUAUCGAUAAAAAUUACGUGCCGGGCAAAAUUCGCAAUACAUAAAAGUGUGAAACCGUAAAUUAAACUAACAAACAAACAAAAUACAGAAAUCUAACGCGCAAUGCAUAUGUGUUUCGUGUGUUUCGUGUGUUUCGUGUGACAUUAAGUUGAAAUCCGUUUGAUUGCUUCAGAACAUAUUCCGAAAACCGAAUUAACACCGUUGAAAAAUAAUAAUUAUGCAAACUCAGAGAGAUCCAUAGAAAAAAAAAUAAUAACAAAAUGUACCGCGUUUUUCGUUGAUCACCGUUUGUUUUAAGAGAAAACCAAAAAUGCCACUACAAAUUGUACAGGUUCGACUUUUGUUUGGUAUCAUCAGUCGAAUGUUCCAAGAAUCUUUUUUACAACACAAUUCAAGUAUUUUGCUAUGACAUAACAUUUCGUGCUUCUUCCAAAUCACAAAUAAACCAAUAUCGGAAUCUCCUCUAUCUCAAUCAAAAUUUUCAACUUGAAAUUGUUUUCCUUUACAAAAAAAAUUAUAUUCUCAGAAAAAGUUGGAAUUGGCCAAAUUUCCACAGUUUCAGUUGCUGUCGCAAAUUGAAACGAAAAAAACAACUCUAUUUUCAAAAAAUCCAGUUUAUUUUUAUCCAAUUGGCUUUGUUAAAGAAUAAAGAAAAAAAAAUUAAUCUAAAAUAAGAGAACAAAAAUGUUGAACCCGACAAAUACAAUUUUUUUCAACAAGAAAUGAAUUUCAAGGGACAGUUUUAUAGUUAGUAUUAAAUUUAUUGGAAUCUUCUAGUUUGUUCUUUUGAAAUUGCGAAAAGAAAAAAGUCAGGAAAAAAACAAAUGCAGUAAAAAUUAAAAAAAAAAGUUUAAAUAAAUUAUAUGUGACUCAAUAGAUAAAAAAGUAUUUAAAAUGAAAACCAAGACUUUGCCCACACUUUGUUUCAAUUUGUUCACUAAUCAUGUUUAUCAACGAUACAAACAAAUUCGAAUCGUUCCAAUCGGUUAUGUUACUAUCUGUUAAGUAAUUGAUUGAGCCAAUUCUAAUUGGCUCAUACUGAUUGGGUCUUAGCUCAUCGACAAAUAUGGACAUGUUCCAUUGUUUCAAUACGUAAAACUGAUAUUUAACACACAACAAACAAUCAUUUUACAUAAUCGUUUGCAACAACAACAACCACAAAAAAGCUAUAUUCUGUAAAAUGGAAGUUGUUUUUUUAGCAAGAAAUAAGUAAAAAAAAUGUCUAUUUUACCGGUUCAUGAUCAGAAGAGAGAGAAAAAUACUAUUGAAGCAAAUUAAGAUUUUACUCUAAUUUAAACAACAACAAAACUGUAUUUGGUUCGAAGUCUCAGUUGGAAAUAUUCAUAGGUCUUUGAGAGAGAAACAAAGAAAGAAUAGAAACAUUUAGUUAAACCGUUUGGCUAAACUGAACAGGUGCAAGCUGAAUUUUGUGCAAGGAUUCGUUGAUAUGACACACAUCCUUGAAAUGUCAUACGAAAUUGUAUGCCAUUAGCCUAAGUAUUUUGAAUUAAUAUGUAAUUUUAAUAAGAAAGGACAAAAUGAAAUAUACAGCAAGAACACUUUUGAAGGAA